ACCAAUGUAAAAAUUGGUGCGGAACGAAAUUCGGUCCUCUGCUAUUAUUUUCACGUUUGAUCGAAUGUAUUGUGCACGUAUUGCAAUUUUGUUAUGAUCUAAAGACGAAAAGUGUCCUCGAAUAUUCGAAAUAGAAUUAAGUGAACAUUCUCAAGGAAUUCUCGGUAGUGACCCGAGUAACCUACUGUUAGGUUUCAACGCCGCACAAUGGAUUCCAUUCCGAGAACACACGAAGAUAUCGAAGCGCAAAUAAGAGAGAUACAAUCAAAGAAGAAAGAGAUACAAAAUGCUUCAGCAGAGAAGGAUCAAGUGGGUUUAGGAAAAACUGGUUUUUAUGAUCAAGACAUCUAUGACGGAAGUAAUAAUAAAUAUGAAGGGUAUGUCACAUCAAUUGCAGCCAACGAUGAAAUUGAGGAUGAAGACUAUGAACCUACCACAUUUAGCACUAAUAAGAGACCAGGUUAUAAUGCACCAGCAGCAUUGCUCAAUGAUGUUGCUCAGAGUGAAAAAGAUUACGAUCCAUUUGCGGAUAGACGACGACCCACCAUAGCAGAUAGGGAAGAUGAAUAUAGACAAAAGAGGAGAAGAAUGAUAAUAUCUCCCGAACGUGUUGAUCCGUUUGCAGAAGGUGGUAAGACUCCAGACAUCGGUUCGAGAACGUACACAGAGAUUAUGCGGGAACAGUUACUCAAAGGAGAAGAAACAGAGUUAAGAAAGAAAUUGGCAGAGAAAGCGAAAGAGGGAACGUUAAAAGCAAACGGUGAACCGAAACCGGCACCGAAAAAGAGAGGUCGUUGGGAUCAAACGGACGAUGCUCCGACACCUAAGAAAGCAUCUGGCGCCACUGCAACACCAACGUCCUGGGAUAACGCAGACGUGACACCGGCUGCAAUCAGAUGGGACGAAACACCUGGUCACGGUAAAGGCGGAGAAACUCCUGGUGCAACACCAGGCGUAAGUACUCGAAUGUGGGAUGCUACACCAGGACACGCAACGCCUGGUGCAGCCACUCCCGGUAGAGAAACGCCGUCUCAUGAGAAAACAGUUUCGAGCCGUAGAAAUCGUUGGGAUGAAACACCGAAAACUGAACGCGAGACACCUGGGCACAGUAGCGGUUGGGCCGAGACACCGAGAACCGAUCGUGUGGCGGGUGAUUUGAUUCAGGAAACCCCUACACCGUCCGCUAGUAAACGACGAAGUCGAUGGGACGAAACGCCGUCGAAUCAAACGCCUGGAUCGAUGACACCGCAAACUCCAGCAACACCUCUUACAACGCCCCAUCAGACCUCGAUUUUAACACCCAGCGGAGUGACGCCAACGGGUCCGAAAGCGAUGGGACUGGCUACGCCAACGCCCGGCCAUUUAAUGUCUAUGACACCGGAACAGCUUCAGGCGUAUCGUUGGGAACGUGAAAUCGACGAGAGAAACAGACCCCUUUCGGACGAUGAAUUGGAUGCCCUGUUUCCACCUGGAUACAAAGUUCUGCAGCCACCGGCGGGUUACAUUCCGAUACGUACACCCGCGAGGAAGCUCACCGCGACGCCCACUCCGAUAGCCGGCACUCCCCAAGGGUUCUUCAUUCAAACGGAGGACAAGACUGCGAAAUUCGUAGACAAUCAACCGAAGGGAAAUCUUCCUUUCAUGAAGCCGGAGGACGCACAGUAUUUCGAUAAAUUGCUGGUCGACGUGGACGAGGAGACGCUUAGCCCCGAGGAACAGAAAGAGAGGAAGAUCAUGAAGCUACUUUUGAAAAUUAAAAAUGGCACACCACCGAUGAGAAAGGCGGCUUUAAGACAGAUCACUGACAAGGCAAGGGAAUUCGGCGCCGGACCGUUAUUUAAUCAAAUACUUCCCCUUCUAAUGUCUCCUACGCUGGAAGAUCAAGAACGGCAUCUUCUGGUGAAGGUCAUUGACCGUAUUCUGUAUAAAUUGGAUGACUUGGUCAGGCCUUAUGUACAUAAAAUUUUGGUCGUAAUCGAACCUCUGCUUAUCGACGAAGAUUACUAUGCUCGUGUAGAGGGUCGAGAAAUAAUAUCGAAUCUGGCGAAAGCCGCCGGAUUAGCGACGAUGAUCUCUACAAUGAGACCGGAUAUCGACAAUAUCGACGAGUACGUACGUAACACGACAGCAAGAGCGUUCGCUGUUGUGGCUUCAGCGUUGGGCAUCCCCUCGUUACUCCCGUUCCUAAAGGCCGUAUGCCGUAGUAAAAAAUCAUGGCAAGCUCGUCACACGGGUAUCAAAAUAGUCCAACAAAUCGCUAUUCUGAUGGGAUGUGCCAUACUGCCGCAUCUGAAGAGUUUAGUCGAAAUUAUAGAACACGGUUUAGUCGACGAGCAACAAAAAGUUCGUACUAUUACUGCUCUGGCUAUUGCUGCGUUGGCUGAAGCAGCGACGCCAUAUGGUAUCGAAAGCUUUGAUUCUGUUUUGAAACCACUGUGGAAAGGUAUUCGCACGCAUAGAGGGAAAGGUCUAGCUGCGUUCUUGAAAGCCAUCGGGUAUUUAAUUCCUCUUAUGGACGCCGAAUAUGCGAAUUACUAUACUCGUGAAGUGAUGUUGAUUCUUAUACGUGAGUUUCAGUCUCCUGACGAAGAAAUGAAGAAGAUUGUUUUGAAGGUAGUGAAACAAUGUUGUGGAACAGAUGGUGUGGAAGCACAAUACAUCAAGGAUGAAAUCCUUCCGCAUUUCUUCAAGCAUUUCUGGAAUCAUCGUAUGGCGUUGGAUCGUAGGAAUUACAGACAGCUCGUGGACACGACAGUGGAAAUCGCAAACAAAGUCGGUGCUUCGGAGAUCAUAAACCGUGUGGUGGACGAUUUAAAAGACGAAAAUGAACAAUAUAGGAAGAUGGUUAUGGAAACCAUUGAAAAAAUAAUGGGCAAUUUGGGGGCAGCGGAUGUUGACUCCCGUUUGGAAGAACAGCUCAUAGACGGUAUACUAUAUGCGUUCCAGGAACAGACAACAGAGGACGUUGUUAUGCUUAAUGGUUUCGGUACCAUUGUGAACACAUUAGGGAAAAGGGUGAAAGCGUAUCUGCCACAAAUAUGCGGUACAAUAUUGUGGAGAUUGAACAAUAAAUCGGCCAAAGUAAGACAACAAGCUGCUGAUUUGAUUUCACGUAUUGCAGUGGUCAUGAAGACUUGCCAGGAGGAGAAACUGAUGGGUCACUUGGGCGUUGUUCUCUAUGAAUAUUUAGGAGAAGAAUACCCCGAAGUAUUAGGUAGCAUUUUGGGUGCAUUGAAAGCUAUUGUUAAUGUUAUAGGAAUGACAAAAAUGACCCCACCGAUUAAAGAUUUGCUGCCGCGACUUACUCCUAUAUUGAAAAACAGACACGAGAAGGUACAAGAAAACUGUAUUGACCUAGUAGGUAGAAUCGCGGAUAGAGGGCCUGAAUAUGUAUCUGCCAGGGAAUGGAUGAGAAUAUGUUUCGAACUUUUGGAACUGCUGAAAGCUCACAAGAAAGCAAUUAGGAGAGCCACAGUCAACACCUUUGGCUACAUUGCAAAAGCGAUAGGACCUCACGAUGUGUUAGCAACUUUGUUAAACAAUUUAAAAGUACAAGAACGUCAGAAUCGUGUAUGUACUACAGUAGCGAUAGCUAUUGUUGCCGAAACCUGUAGUCCAUUCACGGUGCUUCCUGCGCUAAUGAAUGAAUAUAGAGUACCAGAAUUAAACGUGCAGAACGGUGUACUAAAGUCUUUAUCCUUCUUAUUUGAGUACAUUGGGGAAAUGGGCAAGGAUUACAUAUAUGCUGUUAGUCCGUUGUUAGAAGACGCGCUAAUGGACAGAGAUUUAGUACACAGGCAGACAGCCUGUGCCGCGAUUAAACAUAUGGCACUGGGUGUUUAUGGAUUCGGGUGUGAAGAUGCAUUGAUACAUUUACUGAAUCAUGUAUGGCCAAAUGUUUUUGAAACAUCGCCACAUUUAGUACAAGCAUUUAUGGAUGCUGUGGAUGGUUUACGUGUCGCUCUUGGACCAAUUAAAAUAUUGCAAUACACUUUACAGGGAUUAUUCCAUCCAGCACGAAAAGUACGUGAUGUAUAUUGGAAAAUUUAUAAUUCUCUUUAUAUAGGUGGACAGGAUGCUCUCGUAGCUGGUUAUCCUCGUAUCAUGAAUGAUCCAAAGAAUCAGUAUAUUAGAUACGAACUAGACUAUGUUUUGUAAUAAUUUAAUUAUAUGUAAAAGAUAUGUAUCAUACAUUUAUAUAAUCUACACGACAGGAUUAGCAUAAUUCGCUUAUUAUUGUUUACAAACAUCAGCUGAAUAGUUGUAUAUUACGUGACACAUGAAAUAGACGCUACGGUAGAUCUUUGAAUCUAUUUAUUUCUUUGACUUCUUUAAACAAGUUGUACGUAAAUCUUGUUCAAUUAAAAAUUAAAUCUAAUUACAGACUUACUU